UCAUGAAGUUCAUAUAUUACGGACUUGCUUAUUUGUUUCUCCAUAUUUGUAUUCUACAGAGUACAAAUUGUAGCAAAAUACUGGUUUGGUAUACUGAAUACAGUCACUGGAUUAACCUGAAACCUGUGCUGGGAAGACUAGUAGAGAGAGGGCAUGAAGUCACAGUGGUGGCUCCUAAUGCUUCCCUUUCAAUGGACCCAACUGAAGAUUCACCCUGGAGCUACAAGAUAUUCAAUACGUCAGUUUCUGUGGAGCAAAUGAACAGUUGUUUAGAAGAGUUUGUUAACUUUUCAAUGUAUGAAAUGGAACACAUGAACCUUUUGGAGAUAUUUGUUGAAUUCUACCUAAUACUAAACAAAGAAAUGAAGCUGUUCCUUGAGAUAUUUAAGGGACUAUUGGAGUCAGAGCAAUUAAUGGAGAGUUUGAGAAAAGAUGAAUUCCAAGUCAUACUGGUUGAUCCAAUCUAUCCAUGUGGAGAGCUGGUAGCUGCAAAGCUCGGCAUCCCUCUGGUGUACACGCUACGCUUCUCUGCUGCCAACGUCAUGGAAAGGCUCUGUGGGCAACUGCCAGCACCCCCAUCGUUCGUACCGGGUGCGAUGAGCAAGUAUACUGACCAGAUGGGAUUUAUUGAUAGAAUGAUGAACUUACUCUUCUACUGGUCUCAGGAUCUACUUGCUACGAUGCUAUGGAGAGACUUAGACAAGUUCUACAGUGAAAUUUUAAGUAAACCCACCACCGUUUGUGAGACAAUGGGGACGGCUGAUAUCUGGCUGAUUCGCACAUACUGGGAUUUCGAGUAUCCACGACCUUUUCUUCCCAACUUUAAGUUUGUUGGAGGACUUCACUGUAAGCCUGCUAAGCCGCUCCCUCAGGAUAUGGAGGAGUUUGUGCAGAGUUCUGGGGAUGAUGGUAUUGUUGUAUUCUCACUCGGGUCAAUGGUGAAGAACCUCACCAAAGAGAAAGGAGAAAUGAUUGCUACAGCUCUCGGACAGUUACCGCAGAAGGUUCUCUGGAGAUACAGCAAAGAACAUCCAGAGAAUUUGGCCCCAAACACCAAGAUUUAUGACUGGAUGCCUCAGAAUGAUCUGUUAGGCCACCCAAAGACCAAGGCCUUCAUCACUCAUGGUGGGACAAAUGGAGUGUAUGAAGCUAUCUACCAUGGGGUACCCAUGGUGGGAAUCCCCUUGUUUGCUGACCAACCGGACAACAUGAUCCACAUGCGUGCUAAAGGGGCUGCUGUCAUCCUCGAUUUUAACUCCAUGCAGUCCAAAGAUCUCGUUGAUGCCAUCAGGACCGUGAUCCAUGACCCAUCGUAUAAGGAGAAUGCAAUGAGACUGUCAAGGAUUCAACACGACCAGCCAAUGACCCCACUGGACCAAGCAGUAUUCUGGAUCGAGUUUGUGAUCCGGCACAAAGGAGCCAAGCACCUCCGUGUGCAGGCACACAACUUGACCUGGUAUCAGUACCACAGUCUGGACGUGUUGGCCGUGCUGCUAACCACGGUGGCACUGGCGGUCCUCCUCUUCCUCAAAACCUGCAGAUUCUGCUUCAGGAAGUGCUGCAGGAAACCAAAAACGAAAAGCAAAAGCGAAUGACUUCUGUAUUAUUGCUUCUUAUUGUGUAUUUCAUAAGUGACAAAAUGUUCCUCUUCUUUAAAUGGUAAUAUUUUGAAAUAGCAGAACUUAAUGAAUUCCUUCUCCUUGUGUGGCUUAUAGUUCAACACCAGAGCUCCAUUAAAAUGUAAAUGCAAAAAAUGCAAACAGCAGCAAAUGCAAAAUGUGCAUGCAAAUAAGGCACGAUUAUUUCUCCAGGACCCGAGGUCAUGUGUAUAAUGAGGGUAGGAUUACUGCAGCAAUCUGAUCGCCUACAUUAUCCCACAGGACUCCUUCUUCAUUGCAGAUAUAAUUCACACUAUUGUUGCAUAAAUACAGCUUAUGGUCCUGCAGGUUCCCCCAGCAAUUUUUCAUAUGGUGUCUCUCCCUCCCAUUCGGCAAAUUUAAUCAUCAGCACCUCCAAUUUCAUCGGCUGCAUGUAUAUAUAUAUAUAUGGCCUCUUUGGUGAGUGGUUUGGGCCACACAUCCAGAAGGCCGAGGAUUUACAUCCCAGGGUAAGACCCUCAUACCUGACUGCUCUAGGGCUGUUAGAAUCUGGGUGACCCUAAUCUCUCACCCCAAACUUCCUUCACUUGUAUGAUGCUUUGGAAAUAAACAAAGUGACGCUUGUCGA